AUGUUCACCAAGCAGUCCCUCGUGACCCUCCUCGGAGGUCUUUCUCUGGCUGUGGCCCAGACCACCACGGAGGAAUACCCCUCCUUGGCUGAGAUUCGUGCCGCACAAGCUACUGUGCAGCCUUACUCUCCCGUUUCGAAUGUCAAGGGACUGGCGUUCAACCGCUUUGUGAACAUCUGGUUGGAGAACACCGAUUUUGAUGCUGCUGCUGCCACCGAGCAUUUGCCAGUGCUGGCCAAGAAGGGUCUCCUUUUGAACAACUUCUGGGCUGUCACUCACCCCUCGGAGCCGAACUACUGCGCAUCUGCCGCUGGUGACACUUUCGGCAUGGACAAUGAUGACUUCCAUCAGAUUCCUUCCAACGUUUCUACCAUUGCCGAUUUGUUUGAUACCAAGAACAUCGCCUGGGGUGAAUACCAGGAAGGCCUCCCCUACCCUGGGUACCAGGGUUACCGCUACCCCGAGAGCGGUGCCAACGACUAUGUUCGCAAGCACAAUCCUCUGAUUCUGUUUGACUCGGUCACCGAAGAUGCUCUCCGUCUGCGCCAAAUCAAGAACUUCAGUAGCUUCUACGAUGAUCUGGAGAAUCACCGUCUUCCGCAGUACAUGUUCAUCACUCCCAACAUGACCAACGAUGGCCACGACACCAACAUCACCUUUUCCGGUGACUGGACUUGGGGCUUCCUAUCUGAGCUUCUGGAGAACGAUUACUUCACCAAGGACACCCUUAUUAUGCUCACCUUUGAUGAGACCGGCACCUAUGAAAUCGGGAACAACAUCUACACCUUCCUUCUCGGCGGUGCCGUCCCGGAUGAUCUUCUGGGUACUAAGGAUGACACCUUCUACACUCACUAUUCCGUCAUCGCUUCCCUGUCUGCUAACUGGGGCCUCCCCUCCCUGGGCCGCUGGGACUGCGGUGCGAACCUGUUCAGCUGGCUGGCCAAGAAGACCGGCUACGUUAACUACGAGGUUGAUACGAGCAACCUUUAUAUGAACGAGACUCACUGGGGUCCUCUGUCCGAUGAUGACUACAGCGAGUACUACGCUGGCUGGCCUGUUCCCACAACUGAUGCCAGCUGCUCUGCUGGCAACGGAAUUCUUUCUACAGUCAAGAAGACCUACGAGGGCUUGACUGCUACCUUCAACUACACCACCCCCUUUCCCUACGACUCUCGCAGCGGAAACAAUGUCGGUGUGAAGUACAACCGUACCCUGAAGAAUGGCAAGGUCGAGUCCGGUACUUCCGAGUAA